AUUUUUUCAUCAUCACAACUCGCACAUUCAUCUCUUUACCAACACAAAACUCAAACCACCUUCCAACCAACAAAAUCAACAUGUCUGACACACUGUAAGUGUGAACUCCAAGCAGAGUUUCCUCUCAUACUAACACAUACAAAAGCCGCAAAGGACUCGGCGACCAAGCCGCAGAGAAAGUCACUCCUCAAUCACAAAAAUCCAACACCCAAGUUGCCAGCGAGUACAUCUCUGGAGCCGCCGACAAAGUAACUGGAGCCGUCCAGCCAAGUAAGUUUCAACUCCUAACCGUUACUUUGUGAACAUUAACUAACAAUAUAUCCUUCAAGAUGACAGCAAAUCCACCACUCAAAAGAUGGGUGACAGCACCCGUUCAGGCGCCGACAAGGGACAGGAUGAAGGUUCUUCAUACCUCAGCUCUGCCAAAGAUGGUUUGAACAACGCUGCAAACACCAUCUCGGGAAAGACUAGCGAUGCUACCAAGUAGAUUCCUCGCUGUUAUGAGGGUGUCUUUGUAUGAUCAAUUCUUGUAUCUAUAGAUGGGGAAUGGGUUAC